CUCAUCAACACCUUUGAGGCCCUGAUACACUUCGUCCUCUUCCGGCGCGCUCCUCGCGACUCUGCCCCGUCUCCCGAGGAUGCCUGCUUUCACCGCCGCUGCCCCGUAACCCCACGUAUCCAUCUCCUUCGACUCGUACGGCCACGCUUCGGCCCCGCCCUAGAACAUGACUUGAGGCAGGGUCCCGACUGCGGCGACACAGGCACCAUGGCCGCGGCGGAGGAUGAUCACGGUCGCGGCGCGCGCUUCUCCAAGAUAUUCUCGCGCUUGCUGGAGCUCCCGAAUUACUCGUGGGACACGGAGAUCGAGCCCUUCCAUUCUUCCUACGAUAAUUGGCACUUCUACGGCAUACAGAAGGCGACCCGAGAGCGCCCUAUAUCACGAGGCCGAAGCGCAGGCAAUUCCAUCGCUUCCGCCCACUCUCCUGAGUCGAGCCGACCGCCCUUGUAUCGAAGCCACCAGUCCUCCGGGAGCGAUGCCAGCGGAGCCACGAGUCACACAGGAGGCACCGAUGUGCCCCGAGAUCGCCCCGUCAUCUGUCGCGUAUCCACCCACACUCUUCGUCUCGAACGCGAAUUCCGCCUCUCCAAGCAGAUAGUCCAACAGUCCGAUCCUGCAUGCCGCCACUUCGUUCGCCCCAUCGAAUUCAUAAGGCUGCCGACGAAGCCCGGAAAUACAGAGCCCCUCGUCGCCAGUAUAUUCGAAGCUCCCGGCGCCAACUAUUUGAGAGAUCUGGUCCAGUUCGGCCCCAAUGCAUACAAGGUCACCAGCCAGGACAACACCUUCCGCUUUGGGCAGUUUGAGUACAAGGGUGGCAUACCGCUUCUCACCUUCUUGGAUUUUGCGAUUGGCGCAGCCGAGUGCCUUGAAAUAUUGCAUCAUGGCCACGAACUUGUCCAUGGAGAGAUACGAGGGGACGCCUUCCACUUCGCGGAGAAUGGCGCAGUGAAAAUGAUCAAUUUUGGGAGCGGUGCGAGGUCUUUCGAGAAUGGCCUUACGUCUGCUGGAUGGAACACCCUCAGCAAAGAACUGGGUGUCGAGUUGAAGCUCGCCUUCAUCGCGCCCGAGCAGACAGGUAGAAUGCCCGCCGAGCCCGAUAGCCGCACCGAUAUCUACAGCCUUGGAGUCCUGUUCUAUACUAUGCUAUGCGGCGAGCUACCCUUCGACGGAAGUACGCCUCUCGAUGUCAUGCAGAAUGUUCUAAGCAAGCGGAUACCGCCCGUCUCAUCGAAGCGAAUGGACAUUCCAGACGCUCUAUCGAGCGUUAUCCAACACAUGACGCAUAAGAACAUCGAGGACAGAUACCAUUCAACAUCGGGCUUGAAGUUUGAUCUUAUUAAGAUUCGCGAACUACUCUCAGAGGGCGAUACUCAAGGAUUGAUAUCCUUCCAGGUCGGAUCCAAAGACAUUAGUUGCUUUUUCAACCUUCCUCUGAAACAGAUCGGGCGAGAAAAAGAGCGCCAAAUCAUCGUGGAUGUAAUCGAACGCGUGGCGAAGCGGCGACGCCACGGCCCUCUGUUUUCGAAGGCUUUGUCGAGCCUGAGCUCAAGUUCUUCAUACUCAGAUCCGCGCAUGGAAACGACUCAGCUUGAUGAUAUCAUAUCCGACAGUACAAGCUCCAGAGGCUCCGACAGCCGUUUGAACAGCGUAUCCGUGCCCAGCUCCGGUCCGGUCUUCAUGGAAGCAGCUCGAACGGUCCAACAGAGGUCACAAGAUAGCGUAGUUCAGUCGGAAAGCUCUUUGGAAGAUGCAUCGGAAACACGGCCGCAGCUACAAGCACCGAGUCGAGGCCAAUCCAACAACAGUUUAGAAGGGUCUUUGUCCGUCUCGCGCUCCGGUCAAUCUGAGAGCAGUUCUUUGCUACGAAGCAUGUCGAACGCGCGAAACUCAAAGUUGAGAAGAAAAGCUCGUUGUGAGAUCGUUGCGAUUCAAGGUGCCACAGGGCUGGGCAAGUCGAGGCUGGUGCAAAGCAUUCAGACGACUGCGCGCAGUAAUGGCUAUUUUGCAUCGGCCAAGUUCGAUCCAGCCAAGAAAGCGCCUUUUGAGCCGAUUCUGAAGCUGAUGUCCAGCCUAUUCCGUCAGAUAUUCUCGGAGGCUGAUGUAGGCACGGACUUCCACCAGACCUUGACGAAUCAUCUGAAGAACACGGGUGUCUGGGGUGUGCUCCAUAGCUAUCUUGAUCUUCCCGAAUGGCUCCUUUCGGCUGGCAGCGCCGCAAAAACUCCGCAGCAACGCGACAUCGAAUUGACAAGAGAAAAGAACUGUAGCAGGCGGGCAUCUUCACCCGCAAUCCAUUGCGGAACUGCUGGACACGCCGCCGACGCCUGGCUCCGGAGUGGAGGCACGUCAAAAUCCUCCCGUUUUAUGAACAUCUUCCUUGAUGUGCUUCGUCUCCUCGCAAUCCAGAAGCUCUGCAUAUGGAGCCUUGAAGAUGUCCAGAACUCGGAUCCGGAGAGUGCUGAGCUUAUCCAUCAUAUUGUGCAAGCCAAGAUCCCUCUUAUCCUUAUAUUCACGUUCCAGGACGAGGAUGCCAUACCCAAGGAGCUCCGCGCGCUGCUACAUACGGCAACGGCAACCAAGCUUCAGCUCCUCCCAUUUACCGAGGCACAGACUGCAGAGUACGUUGCGGAAACCUUGCACCGAGAUGCAGAGUACAUACUUCCCUUGGUAGCAGUCAUUCAGGAGAAGAGCCGCGGCAACCUAUUCUACAUACGGGAGAUCUUGGACGCAUGCUACCGAAAACACUGCGUGUACUACUGCUGGAGACAAGGACGCUGGUGUUUCGACCUCGACAAAGUGUUUGAGAUCUUCGAAAGCCCGGAGUAUGGCUCUGCGGUAAACAACGAUUUCCUAGCUAGGCGGCUUCGGGAAUUGCCUCACAAUACUCGCAAGCUUGUCGCGUGGGCGUCCUUGCUAGGUGGAUCUUUCUCGUUUGCGCUGGUCAAGAAGCUUCUGGACCCCAAAAACGCUCCCCCGGACGGCACGCGAAUACCCCUUUUGCGCGAUAAAGAGUGCGCCGUUACAGCGCUCAACGGAGCCAUUUCCGCUUACGUACUCAUGCCAGCGGAGGAUGAGGAUAGGUUCCGAUUUAGCCACGAUCGAUACCUCAUGGCCGCUGCGGGAUCUUUGGACGCGGAGUGGGACACGCAAAUGAUGCACUAUGUCAUUGCAAAAUUAGUGACAUCUGGCGCGGAAUUCCGCGAGGAUUCCACACUUGGGUCGAAAGCUUUGUAUAUGCGGAGUCGGCACAUAUGCCUCGCUACCGAAUUGAUCAAGGGGCGAGAGACAAAAAGAGCACCAUUUCGAGAUGUCUUGUACCAAGCCGCAGAGACUGCUUGCGAGUCCGGAGCCAGGUCUACAGGGAUGUAUUACUACGCGCAUUGUCUGCUCCUGCUUCAGGACAACCCGUGGAACGAUGACCGACCUGACGUCUCAUACCAGGAAACACUCCAACUCUUUGUACGGUCUGCUGAGUGCUACUGGCAUCAAGGCAUGUACGACGAAGCUCUUACCCUGAUUCGGACGACCUUCAAGCACGCUCGCGAUGCGUGUGAUAUGGCGGGCUCCUUCAUUCUGCAAUCACGUGUGUUCGCGGUCCGAGGGGACAGCUUCGCGGCGUUCCAGGCGCUGAAGGAUUGCUUAUCUCUCCUAGGGACGCCUAUUCCGCCUACUACCUGGGACGAGUGCGAUGCCGAAUUUCAGGAGAUUUGUGCCCUUCUUCAGAACUCAGACAAGGAAGCAUUGCUUUCACGACCUCUUGCAGCGGACGACCGCAUCUUGAUGACCAUGGGUCCAGUUUUUAUCGAGCUUCUUAGCGCGGCUUUCUGGUCAAACAGCCUGCUCUUCUACCAGAGCACCCUCAAGAUGGUCGGCCUGCACCUUCGUCGGGGCACUGUGUCCCAGGUUGCGCUUGGGUACGUGCAUUUAGGCUCAAUCGCAGGAGGUCGCUUCAACAUGAUUGAAUUCGCGAUUGAAUGCGGCAUGAUCGCGAAACGAUUGUUCGAUCUGUACCCUGAGGAUCACUACACCCUGGGACGAGGCCAGACUUUGCAUACUCUCUUCAUCGGUCAUUUCGAAGCGCCUAUAUCCGACUUGAUUCCUGGGCUUAAUGGAGCAAUGGAGGCUUCUGUAACCGCCGGCGACAGAAUCUUGUCUCUCCUCAAUCUAGGAGUGGUCGCUCAUUUCAGGCUGAUGGCAUCUCACGACGCCGCUGAGCUGGAAGCUUGGAUCGACGAGGCACCUUUAGAGUUCAAGAACUGGCAGCGUGAUCUACGCGGCGGCGUCUUUCUAACGGCAGCACGACAAUAUGCGAGAGCGCUACAAGGAAAGACCGGAAUCCAAGAUCCGUCGCUCGUCUUCUCCGACACCGAACAUAACUCCGUAGCGUACAUCGAAUACCUAGAGAACAAAGCGAGCAAUCCGAAGCGACCAAAGACAUUCUAUCUCAGCACCCAGGUGCCCAUUCUAGUUUUGUACGGCUAUUGGCGCGAGGCUAUCGCCUUAAGCGAACAGCUUCUACCUAUGUUGGAUAGUCUCUGGUGCCAGAGGCUCACAUAUUCUACUAAGUAUCACUUGUCUUUGGCUUACAUGGCAUUGAUUCGAGAAGAGCCUCAGCAUCCUGACGUCCCGCGCAUGCUGGACUUUGUCCGCCAGACUCUUAACAAGAUGGAAGCUUGCUGUGUCAUCACAGACGUCAACUAUCGACAGUGGAUCGCAUUACUUACUGCGAUGCUUGCUGAGAUAACCGGGGAUCCUGCAACAGCCUUGCUCAACUACGAGAUAGCCAUGGAUCAUUGUGAAGUCAAUGGUUUUACGUUGGAUGAGGCGUACUCCUUCGAGUUGUAUGCUGAAUGGCUGAUUCGGAAGAAAGCACUCAGGCCCGCUCGACAUAUGCUGAAAGACUGCAUAUCGACCUAUCGCAGGAUAUCAGCAUUCGGCAAAGCGAAUUACCUGACAAUGAAGUAUGAGUGGCUUCUCCGCGGCACCGCCUCUCUCAGCACGAUGGACGUCGGGGUUCAGACUACUAUUAUCGAUACGGGAAAUACUCCGUUCAGGCUAGAGCAGAAUGAGGACCAGGAGUCUCGGCUUCUGGGUACAGAAACUGCCGUUGACCGGACACAGAACUGGAUUGCUCCGAACUCUGCGAAGCGACAUGAUACCCACGACUUGCGGAACGGUUUCUCGGCAGUAGGCCUCGAUAUGCUGGAUCUGAGCUCUAUCCUUGAGAGCAGCCAAGUCUUGUCUAGCGAGCUGAAGGUCGACAAGCUGAUGGCGAAGAUGGCGGAAAUAAUUCUGGAAUCUACCGGCGCUUCGCUCUGCGGUAUCGUCAUCGAAGACAGCCACAUCGAAUGGAGUAUUGCUUGCGUGGCGACGAACCAGGCGGAGAACGACAGUGGGUUCCCCACCGGCGUAACAUCAUUCCCGGCUGGUCAGCCCUUGGAUACAGUAGACGACGUAGUCGCUAGGCAAAUCACGCUCUACACCCUUCGAUUCCGCGAAACGGUUUUUGUACAAAACCUCCUUGAAGACGACCGAUUCUCCAACGUAUCUGAGUCCUACCUCAAGCGCAAUCCCGACGGCAAAGCGGUUAUCUGCAUUCCCAUCAUACAUUCCGACAAACUCAUGGGCUCGAUAUAUGUCGAAGGACCUCCAAACUCAUUCACGGAGCGUAACACGAAUGUGUUGCGAUUACUCGUAAACCAGAUCUCGAUCUCACUAGCGAAUGCACUGCUGUUCAAGCAGGUUGAGCGUGUGAGCGCGAGCAACGAGGCCAUGCUGGAGAUGCAGAAGCGGGCGCUCUCUCAAGCGAGGGCGGCGGAGAAUAAGGCGAAGGAGGCGGAGGCAGUAGCUAUCAGGAAUAUGAAGCUCAAAGAAGAGGCGGCAAGGGCAAAAAGCUUGUUCCUAGCGAAUGUGUCGCAUGAGCUACGUACCCCUCUGAACGGUGUCAUUGGCAUGUCUGAGCUGCUGAAAGCAAGUCCCCUAAAUCCAGAACAAGCAGGAUAUGCCGAUUCUAUCAGGGUCUGUGCGGACACGCUUCUUUCGAUCAUCAACGACUUGCUUGACUACUCCAAGCUAGAGGCUGGCAAGAUGAGCGUCAUCUCCAUGCCCCUAUCGCUCAAUGAAACCAUCACCGAAGUGGUCCGAGCGCUCGCCUACACCAACGCAGAGCGCGGCCUAAAGACCGUCGAACAACUGGAACUAAACCCCGAACUCCUAGUCAUGGGCGAUCCCGUCCGCCUGCACCAAAUCCUCAUGAACCUCCUCUCUAACAGCUACAAGUUCACGCCCAAAGGCUCGGUCACCGUCCGCGCCGUCGUCGAUCAAGAAAGCGACGACUGGAUUGACGUAACCUGUAGCGUCAUCGACACCGGCAUCGGCAUCCCAGAGGAGCAAAAGAAGAAGCUGUUCCUCCCAUUCAGCCAGAUUGAAUCUUCUAGCUCCCGCAGCUAUGGCGGCACAGGCCUCGGCCUCAGCAUCUGUAAGGCGCUCAUCGAGAACGUCAUGAAAGGCAAGGUGUGGCUUGAGAGCACACCUGGAGUGGGCACCACCGUUUCCUUCUCCCUACGUUUCCAGAAAGCGGCAAAAGCCGAGGCGCAAAAGCGGCAAUAUACGAGCCGCGAUCCAGAUCCUAUGGCUAAGUUCUCGUCCCAAGAGAACAAUGGCCAUGAACAGUCCAUCGGGAGUCAGUGCAUUGACUUGUCCAAAAUUCCGCGGAACGAACUCAGGAUCUGCAUUGCAGAGGACAAUCUGAUCAAUCAACGGAUCGCGAUAAGCUUUGUGCAGAAGCUGGGUUUCAAGUGCGACGCCUAUCUGGAUGGGUUCAAGACCAUCGAUGCAUUGGAGCGGGCGAGCAAUAACGGGAGGCCGUUUCAUCUCGUGCUUAUGGAUGUGCAGAUGCCGCACUGUGAUGGCUACGAAGCUACACGCCUGAUCCGCCAACACAAAGACCCAAAUAUCAGAAACAUACUCAUCAUCGCAAUGACUGCCUCCGCCAUCCAAGGCGACCGCGAGAAAUGCCUCGAGUCCGGCAUGAACAAUUAUCUCGCCAAACCUGUGCGCGCGCAGACACUCAAGGCGCUAUUGGAAAGCUACCUAAACAAGCAGGACGACGGGCGGGAGAUUCCAGACCUCCAAGCCGAGGCAAACAAGGUGGUCACAGAGGUCUUGAAGGAAGCCGAGCAGGAAGCCUCAAAGGAGGAAGCACCUGAUGGCACACAAGGCGGCCCUGUGCAAGCCGGAAACGGACCAAGUAAGGGAGAGGAGAAGCCGCCGACGAGACCCAAUUCGGUCCGCAUGAAUACGACGCAGCGGUGGACGGGGCACGAGGAUGGGACGAGAACGCCAGAGGAGUCAGGGCAUCAGCAUCUAUGGAGUGGGUAAUGAUUACAGAAGGGUUAGGCGCUAUCCAUCAUUUACCUUCCCGCAAUUUGUUCGCUCUCGAUAUUUUCCCUUGGAUUUGGGCGGCUUCUUGGAUACCUUUUGCUUAUCGCGGUUUGCUUGGAGCAUCGCACGCGGCGUCUAGAGAGCUCGAACGGAUAUAGUACCCCGGGAUACGAUGGAAUGGGAUGGAAUGCAUACAUGGAUACAUGACGGUUGCCGCACAAACGAUUGAUAUUUAGCAUAUCUUGAAUAUAGAGACAGCGAGCCUGUUAAACG